CUUUCCCCGAACUUUCUGAGACAGCACCGGUGGGAUUGGUACGUCGACAUGAAAUGUCCAUAUGUUAACUAUACAGUCCCGGGAUGGUGCUCGCCUUCAAAUAGCCGAACCGCAUCGCUUGCGCUUAUCCUAUAUCGAGAGUGAGAGAGAGGAAGAGGAAGUGAAUCAAAAUGCUCCUUGAGUUGUUGCAGGCAGCAAGGUCAGGGAAUGCUGCUCGCCUUCGACAAAUAGUCGCGGGGUGCAACAGGACCCACCUCAACCAGGUCACGGAGGGGGGGAAUACCGUGCUCCACAUAGCAGCCAAGAUGGGACAUUUAGAGCUCGCAAAGGCCAUCUGCAGCCUGGAGCCAUUACUGUUAACCAGAAAGAACUUCAAAAGUGACACUCCGGUGCACUGCGCGGCCAGGGCCGGGCAUCACAAUAUCCUCCACUACUUCGUCACCGCUCCAUUCGCUUAUGACCGACGUGGAGAGGAGCAAGAGUGGUUCCUCAGGGCGAGGAAUCGCUUCGGAAACACGGCCCUUCACGAGGCGGCUCAGAACGGCCACCUCAAGGUGGCCCAAGUGAUCAUGUCCGUGGAUUCAUAUUUGGAGGCUGAGGAGAAUGAGGCGGGCGUGUCACCGCUCUACAUGGCCGCGGAAAGGGGGUCAUCGACGAUUGUGCGGCUAUUGCUUGAGUCCGACCGCUGCUCGUACCAAGGACCAAACGGGCAGACAGCGCUGCACGCGGCUGUGCUCAGGAGCUACGAUAUUACAAAACUGAUAUUAGAAAAAGAGGCAGGCUUCAUCAAAGUAGGAGACGCCACCAAUAACAGCACACCUCUUCACUAUGCGGCCUCCAGUGGUAAUCGUAAAAUGGUGCAGCUCCUACUUGAGAAAGACUCCUCAGCAUCCUAUCUACAGGACAUAGAAGGUUUGGCACCCAUUCAUGUCGCAGCCAGCGCUGGCCAUCCUAACGUAAUAGCAGAGCUUGUGCAACGCCGUCCUGAUUGCACGGAGUUGAUAACCAACCAAGGAAGGAACUUCCUUCAUGUUGCCAUCGUGAACAAAAGAUUACAAGUUGUCAAGUACGUUCUUGAAUCAGGGAUACUUGUAGACCUAAAUGAGCCAGACAAUGAAGGCAAAACACCCUUGCAUUUAGCUGUCAUCUCAAAGAACAGACAGAUCGUCCAGAUGUUAUCAUCCAAUGGAACAGUAAACACCAGCAUCAUGAAUUACGAGGGCCAUACUCCUCUUGAUCUUGCUUUCUUAACCAUCAAUUGGGAAAUAGCUCUUAGAAUGUACAACAUCAUGACAGAUUUGAUAAAUCAUGGCUCACGGUUUACUCCACAACGGCUGGAUCUCAUUACAAAUCACCUACAAAGAAACCAAGAAGGAGAAAUUCACCGGUACAAGACAUUAGCUAAGAAUCUUGCAAUAGUGGCGGUCCUCACUGCUACAGUCACCUUUGCUGCGGCAUUUACUCUACCUGGAGGAUACAAGAGCGAUUCUAGCCCUAAUGCAGGCAAUGCCAUAUUAGCAAACAGAGCUGCAUUCAAAGUAUUUUUGGUCUCAGAUAGCUUAGCUAUGAUCAGUUCCAUUUCUGUGGCAAUUAUAGUACUCCUUCGCACAGGAUCACUAGAUCAUGACAUUCGUCUGUGCUCCCUUAUCACUGCAAUGAUACUGAUGUGUGCCGCGGUUGGAGGAAUGCUUGUAGCAUUUGCAACUGGUAUAUACGUUGCAGUUGCCUCUGACCACAAGUGGCUUGCUGUACUCAUAGCUGUUAUGAUUUGCAGCGUUCCUCUUGUUGCUUGGAUGACUGCUUAUUGGCCUUCCAGUGAUUUCUUAGGGUUGGUGAAGAUGACAAUAAUCCAAGAAACGGACGUGACCGCUGAUUUAGAUUAUAGGCGGUAUAAUAGGCAGAUUGCCGAUCGUCAAAGGCCUGGAGGCAUUGCAGAGUUCCACACACCUUAAAUUUUUAAAUUAUGUGUGCAAUAUGCUUGCUGAGUGCAUUGGCUGCAAAUGUACUAGAAUAACAUGAGCGAAUAGGUACAUUGGUAAGUUUGUAGCUAGAGAUGGUACCGUAGCAGAUUUAGCUGGAUUCAAGGAUUUACCCACAUUGGCAUGAUGUGUAUGUUGUUUUACCUUAAAAGUAUA